GCCCCCGGACGCGGUCAGCGCUGGCGCCGCAGGAAAGUUUGCGGCGGGGCCGGGCCGGGCCGGGCCGGGAUGGACGCGCUGCGCUCCGCGGGCCGGGCCCUGCUGAGGAGCCCCAGCGUGCACAAACCGUCCUGGGCCGGCGGGAGGCACAAGAAGCUGCCCGAGAACUGGACGGACACGCGGGAGACGCUGCUGGAGGGGAUGCUCUUCAGCCUCAAGUACAUGGGCAUGACCCUGGUGGAGCAGCCCAAGGGAGAGGAGCUCUCUGCAGCCGCUGUCAAAAGGAUCGUGGCCACCGCAAAAGCAAGUGGAAAGAAGCUGCAGAAGGUGACCCUGAAAGUGUCACCCCGAGGGAUUGUGCUCAGGGACAGCGGGACCAACGAGCUCAUCGAGAACAUCUCCAUUUACAGGAUCUCCUACUGCACGGCAGACAAGGCCCACGAUAAAGUGUUUGCCUACAUCGCCCAGAGCCAGCAGAGUGAGAGCCUGGAGUGCCACGCCUUCCUGUGCCCCAAGAGGAAAAUGGCCCAGGCUGUCACCCUGACCGUGGCCCAGGCCUUCAGGAUUGCCUUUGAGUUCUGGCAGGCAGCCAGGGAAGAGAAGGAGAAGAGGGAGCGCUCCAUCCUGGCAGCAGAAGGGACCAGCAGCCCUGGCUCAGGAGCUCCUGCCCCCCCUGGCACCGCAGCAGCCUUGGGGAACCUGCUGGAUUUGGAGGACCCUGGCAGAUCCCCCCUGGGCAGCAGCACCGAGUCCCCAGAGCUGGACAACAGCAGCUUUGGGCCCAGCCCCUCGGUCAACAACAACGUGGUGUGGGAGAUGGAUGAUGGUCUGGACGAGGCGUUCUCAAGACUGGCCCAGUCCAGGACGAACCCGCAGGAGCUGGACACGGGGCUGUCAGCCCAGGAGCUGCAGAGCGCGGGGGCUCUGUCCCCUGUGCACUGGAGCCAGCUGGAGCCCAGCCCGGCCCCGCAGGACGAUCUGUUCAUGUUCUGAGGGCACGGCGGCCGGCAGAGGAAGCCGCUCUGAGCCCCUGGAUGCUGCUGCAAGCAGGAACCUGCCCGGGGCUCCUCACAGCUCCGAGGGUGCCACGGCCCAGUCCAGACCAAAGCUUCAGACGCCUAACGCGGAUUUUUGUACCUUGCUUUUACCCAAACCACGGGAUGCUCUUGGACACGUAUUUAUUCACAGUUUACAAGUGUUCCUGGGAGGUGUGGAGAGCGUCUGCCCACCACAGGAGGAGCUGCAGCAGGGCCCGUUCCUCCCGCGGGCAGCACCAAAGCCCCCCUGGAGCAUCCCCCGGCGAAGGCUGGGAUGCAGAACAGCCCCGAGCGUUACUAAUCCAGCCAGCCUGCACCAACACACCACCUGCCCGGCCAGGGAGGGGAUUUGCAGCAGCUGCUGACAGUGUGAAAUGGAAGAGGGAGCGGAGCUGGUGCUUUUGUGCCGGUGCCUGUGGCGCUCUCACAGCUGUCAGUCACCCCGCGGGCCCCGGCUCCUGGGGGAGUUGGUGCUUUUUAACCCAAAGACUCUGCUCAAAGAAGUUUUGCACUUUAAAGCUCGAACUGAAAGCAGUGGUCCGGAUUGUCAAGGUAAGCAGUGCCUGGAAGCUCUCCUCAGAAGCUAUUCACCCAAAAAGAACCACCCUGGCCAUGCUGCAGCUCUGGCUCCGGGCUGACCCCUGGUGCCACUCGAGACCCCAAAGCUCCCUUGGCUUUAAAAGCAAAACCACCGGGGAGGAAGGAUUUGUUCUGCUAAAUUCUGCUGGAAAGGGCAGCCUGGGAGGACCAGCAGCAGCACAGAUCCACGCUCCCAGCUCGGCCCAGCAGCUUUGCCUGGCCAGGGCUGCUCCUGCCUCGAAGCCAUGUGGGUGGUUGUUGCCCCGUGGAUGGGAUGGGAGCAGGCAGGAGCAGUAGCUGGCAGGGGUGCCCUUCCCAGUGGUGCUCCCACCCUUCUCCUGACAGCCACAGCUCCCAGGGGGCUCAGGAAGCUCCAUCUACCCCUGGGAGUGGAAAUCAGCCAUGGAGGUACAACUUGGCUAACUAAAAGAUUAGGUUUAACGAUCCUAAGUAGUCUCACUGACACCUCGCAGUGUUUGUGGCCUUAUGUGAAGUGUACUAAUCUGUUUUAUAGAUUUGUAACUUGGGUUUGAAGCACUAAUUCAUUCCCCAGAUAGCUCUUUAGAACUCCCUUAAAACUGCUCACAGAAAGGAAAAAAACCCUCUCAGUCAGCUGUAAGAAUUCAUUAGGAAGCAGUGAGUGACUCCGACUUGGAUUUGAGAUAUUUUUUCCCCCCGAGUGUGAGUGUGAGAAGGUGCUGAGGACUCGUGGAGCUGACUCAUCAGCUCUCUGAUGGAACCUGUGCUCCGAGGGCUCUGCAGUGGUGCUCAGAGCAGUUUCCCAUCCUGGGAGGGCUGUGCCCGUGGCUCCCUGGCUCCUGUGUGCGGGGAGGGAGCAGCAGAGCUGCUGCUCAGGCUCAGGGCUCACAGGAGCUGCUGCACGAGCCCAGCAGUGGCCGGAGCCAGCCCUGGCCUCAGGGAGCUCUGCUCGCCCCAGGAACCUGGGACUGGCUGUGAGGAUUCCUCUGAGCAUUGCCCUCUCUCCUUUCCCAGAGCAGCAGAUCCUGAAAUUCACAAAUUCUCAACACUAUCUGUGUGUGUCUAGAGUGUUUUUGGGGUUGUUUUUUUUUUUUUAAGAAAACCUGAUGCUGUAAAGAUUAUUCUGCACUGAGGGGAAUAAAAACUGCCAUUUUUUGGAGCCUCUGGUGGCAUUUUUUGGUGCUGGGUGGUUUUA